AGACAGGGAAGGCCUCACACAACAAAUUUUGUUUAAAUAAAAUAUAAUGGUGAGCGCAUUCUUUGAGACUAUAUUUGAGUGAAGCUACAAAAACUACGAAAUGUAAUAUUACCUACCUACCUAACUAGGUAUCAGACAUGUUUGCAACGAUUUAGACAAUUUUGUAGACAGCGCCAUCUAGCAGUAAUUUUAAACACUAGUAAAUUUCCAGUUAGACGCAAACAAAUUAGUUUUAAAACUGAAAAGAUCAGAAAAUUGAGAUUAAAUUGAUAGAUUGAAUCAUUUUUGUUUGCUCGCUUUCAUAUAAAUUUAUUUUGUGAAGACAUCAUGCGUCUAUCGAUAAAAACUUUAGAAUCAGCGGAGCAACAGAACCAUGACUUAAGCGAGUGUCAACUGUCAGCUAUGUUUUGAUGAACAUUGAACAGAGUGAACAGGCGAUAGAUAGAUAGACAGACUUUGUUUUGGUUUUGGAUUUGAACGCGACGAUUUGUUUAUUUUAGAAUAUUUAUCUAUUUAAAUUGAAAAAAUACAAACAUAAUGCCAAAACCGAUUUGCAGUCAAUGCGGAACCAACGAUUCUAUGUUAUGGCGAAGCGCAGAAAACGGACAAAUCUGUAAUGAUUGCCACUUUUCAACGGUGACACCGAAGGAAUCAAAAUUGGACAGCAGUAUUAAAACCGAUUGUGAAGACAUUAAGGAAGACAAAGAUAAUGGUAAAAAUGAGGAGUCUACGCCGGCUAAAGCUACCGGCAAGGGCACUAGGAAAAGCACUAGAUCAACGAGAUACAAACCUAAAACACCUGCUCCACCGCCAUUGAAGCAGCCGGCGCCGCGGGGCAGAGGACGCAGGAGUCUAUUCAAAAGGCAGCCAUUGAAAGCACCAACAGCUACAGCGACUGUUGUUACAAGUGAUUCAGUAUUUUAUCAGGGUAUGUACAUGCAAGUUGGUGAUAUUGUUUCGAUGACUGACAUUGAUGGUGGCACAUACUAUGCCCAAAUUAGAGGCUUCCUAACUGAUGAGUACUGUGAGAAGAGUGCAGCUGUUACUUGGUUAUUACCUACAAAAGCGAGCCCACCUCCAGAGAAAUGUUUUGAUCCUGCUACAUAUAUCAUUGGCCCUGAAGAAGAGCUGCCUCGGAAACUGGAAUACAUGGAAUUUGUGAUGCAUGCUCCAUCUGAUUACUACAAAGCGAGCAACAGUCCAUACCCACUGACUGAUAAUGAACUGAAUAAUUAUACUGGUUUUGUAUGGACUUCGAUGGAAGCUAAAGAGAGAACGUAGACUUUUAUAUUUAAGCAAAGUGAACAUUUUGUUACAAAAAAAUACUGUUUA